AUGAAUUCAACAGAAGUAACAUCAGAUUAUAUCCAUGAUUAUUCCAUAGUUUGUUCAUUAUCUGCAGCAUGUGCUCUUAGUGCUGGAGCCAUAUCUAUUACAAUAUUAAUAUUAAUACAAAGAAUAAAACCUCGCCUUCAUACCGUUAGACAUUUACUCAUGUGUAAUACAUGUAUUGCAUCGAUUCUUUAUUGUAUUGUACAAAUAUAUAAUUAUAUUUUUCUUUUGUUUUUUCCUUCGGUGACAAGUGAUAUCUAUUGUCAAUGGCGUGCCUACUUUGCUUAUUUCACUAUUUCUACAGUUACUUAUUCAUUUCUUAUUCAAGCAAUAUCACGUCUUUUUAUUUCUGUUUUUUCAAUAAAAUAUAAAUGUUUAAUUACAUUUAAAACACAUUAUUUUCUUAUUAUCAUUCAAUGGUUUACUGUUAUAAUCAUUCCACUACCAGCAAUAAUAACAAAAGAUAUUUAUUAUCGUACUAAUCAACUUUGUUGGGUACCUAUAACAAAUAUUAUACAUACAACUUAUGCAUAUAUUACCUAUUAUACAAUACCAACAUUAUCUGUUUGUAUGAUUUAUAUUUUCAUUUAUUAUCGAGUUAAACAAGCAAAGAAAGAAGCUAGAUCUUUGUUGAGACUAAUACAUGGAGAAAAACGUGAUCUCGAACUUCUUCGUAAUAUAGUAAUACUCAUGAGUAUUUAUCUCAUUAGUGGAAUUCCACUUGUAUUAUUUCUGUUCAGUUCUAACAGAAUACUGUAUUUAAUUGGUCUUGUAACUUUAUCGUUAGCUGUCGCUGUUGAAAAAGUAUGUACAAUCCUUUUAGAUCAUGAACUUCGACAAGUUAUUAGAAAAUUAUUAAUUAGAAAGAGACGUAUUACACCUCUUGAUAAUAGACAUACAACAAGAAGAUAUCAAGAACAUCACAUACAAAUUCAACAAGUCAUCGUACAACCUUUACAAAAAACCCGAAAUACAUCAUUCUAG